ACCCAGCUCAAGCGGCAAGCCGUUGCGCAAAGCAUCCCGACGACAAGCUUCCCGGCCCGUCGACGCACACCUCGGCACGAUCAAUUGGCGGGCUGCCAGUCGAUCAGAGCGGCGACCAUGAGCUCCCCGACCGCCCCGACACCAAGCAAUAAUGGAAACGGUUCAGCAAGACGCUCAGCUCGGGCGCCGAGGAGGAGUGGAAAACCCGAGCACAUGAACGGGCCGCUCUACAAACAGGCGAACGGCAACGUCGUCCUGGUGCGGAGAGUGAAGAGGAAAAACGAGAGCCCGAUGAAGCAGCUCACCCGCUGGUUUGUCGACAACCAGAUUGGCUUCUCGUUCAACCUGCUCGCCCUCCUUUUCCUCGCCCACGGCAUGCCUCGCGCACGAGACUACACGGCUAAAUACUUCAACCUGUCCUACUAUAACCCAAGCACCGGGAACUACGGCCUGGGCUGGGCCGAUGGCCACGUCGUGCUUUUCUGCGUCGUUCUGCUGACCGGUCUCCGCGCCGCGACCAUGGAGUAUAUACUUGCGCCGUUCGCCAAGGCCCAGGGCAUAUCCAAGAGGAAGGACAUCACCAGGUUUAGCGAGCAGGCGUGGAUGUCCAUCUACUACGCCGUUUUUUGGCCGCUGGGACUGUACAUUUAUUGCCAGUCCCCCGCCUACCUCAACCUGCACGAGCUGUGGACCGGGUGGCCGGACCGCGAGCUGACCGGGCUCAUGAAGGGCUACAUGCUCGCGCAGUUGGGCUUCUGGCUGCAGCAGAUGGUCGUCAUCAACAUCGAGGAGCGCAGGAAAGACCACUGGCAAAUGUUCACCCACCACAUCGUCACGAGCGUGCUCAUCUAUACCUCGUACCGGUACGGCCACACCCGGGUGGGCAACCUCAUCCUCGUGCUCAUGGACGUGUCCGACUUGGCCCUGGGGAUUGCCAAGUGCCUCAAAUACCUCGGCUACCACACCCUCUGCGACAUCAUGUUCGGCAUCUUCAUGGUCUCGUGGCUGAUUGCCCGCCACUUCCUGUACCUGACCGUGUGCUACUCGGUCUGGGCGCACACGCCCAACAUCAUGCCGACGGGCUGCUUUAAGGGCGCCCGCGGCAACCUCACGGGCCCGUUCGAGCCGCCCGCGGAGAAGGGCAUCGCCUACCUCCUGGAGCCGCUGUGGGACUCGGAGGGCAUGUUCUGCUACAACGAGACGGUCAAGUGGUCGUUCCUCUCGAUGCUCUUGUUCCUGCAGUGCCUGACCAUCAUGUGGUUCUCCAUGAUCCUCCGCGUUGCCGUCAAGGUGAUCAAGGGCGCGCCCGCCGAGGACGUGCGCAGCGACGACGAGGCCGGCGACGGCGAGGACGACGGCGAGGACGAGGACGAGUAUGUGUACGAGGAGGCGCGGCCGCUCGAGGAGGAGGUCGGCGUCGAGGAGAUCGACCUCAAGAACUGGGAGCGCAGGACGGGUGUGAAGCGGCAGGCCCCGAUCACUACUGGUGUCAGCCUGCCGGGGCACAGCGAUCGCAAGGAGCUCCUGGGGAGGAUUGGGUGUGAGAAGCAGGUGGAGUGAGAGAAGGAGGUUAUUGUUCCUCUCUCCCUCGCCCUCUCCCUUUCUCUCUCUCUUUCUCCUUCUCUCGUGCGUGACUAGCACCUGCAGAGCGAUCGAGGAGAACGAGGGGUGUGGGCGGGAAGGGCGG